UGCUCUGAGCCAGAGAGUGAGUCAUACUAACCUAUUUUGCACCAAAAAUCGCCGUCAGCCGCCAUGCAGUUCUCCCAGGAAGACUUCGAUCGCCUCUUGCUCUUCGAGCACACUCGCAAAACCGCCGAAGUUAACUACGCCAAGAACCCUCGCGACGCCGAUAAUUUGACGAAAUGGGGAGGAGCGCUGCUCGAAUUGUCGCAGUUUCAGAGCAUUGCGGAUUCGAAGAGCAUGAUUACUGAUUGCAUCUCGAAGCUGGAGGAGGCUUUGCAGAUAAUUCCCACGAAGCACGAUGCUCUGUGGUGCCUAGGAAAUGCCCACACCUCUUUUGCAUUUCUGACCCCUGAUCUCGACGAGGCAAGGCCUUAUUUCGAUAAGGCCACUGAGUUUUUCCAGAGGGCGGCCGAUGAGGACCCCGGUAACGAGCUUUAUCAGAAGUCCUUAGAAGUUACAUCUAAGGCACCAGAAUUGCAUAUGGAAAUCCAUAAGCAUGGACUGGGACCGUUGGGUCAGCAAACUCUGGGUGGGGGACCUGCUCCUUCAUCAUCCAGUACAAAGAGUUCUAAGACCAAGAAGAGCAGUGAUCUGAAGUAUGACAUAUUUGGAUGGGUUAUCCUUGCUGUUGGCAUUGUUGCAUGGGUUGGAAUGGCAAAAUCCCACAUGCCGCCACCACCCCCAAGAUAAGCUUUAUUUAGAAUAAGACGGAAGUAACCCUGCCAGUGCAUUUGGUUGAAGGGUAAUAUUUUCUUUAAGAUAUCCAUCUGGUUGAGCUGUAGUAAUUCAAGUAAAUCAUGUGGUAUGUUGACUACAUGUUGAUUUUGACCAUAACUUUUUUAUGUUGCUAUGAUAAUUAGAACAUCAUUUUUUAUAUGAAUUAUUGUUUGCUCUUGCAAA